UAUAUAUUGCAAUUCAAUAUUUAAUCUGUAGAAGGAAUGCAAGCCGGUGUUUCAUUUAGUUGUUUAUUUAUUUCAAUCAAAAACGUCUGUUUUAACAGUGUAAUAUAAUGCGAAGCAAUAAUGUCUGAAUUAUCACAAUAUAAAAAAGCAUUUCCCAUCGAUAGUAUACAAAAAGUAUACGAAUUGUUUGAAGACCAACUACGCAGUGACAAUGAGCCUGAUUUGGCUCUAUUUUCUAUUAUCGUCGGUGCAGUCGAGAAUAAUUUGACUAAUGUAAAGAACUGCGAUAAGGAUGUAAACAUUAUUAACGUGUUGACAAAUAAGCUUGCCAAGAUAAAGUUUCCAUGCGUAGAAUGGGAGGAAGUGAAGGGUCUGCACGAGCGGUUCGUGUCUUUGAUGCGCAGCGGCGUGGACGCAAAGCUGCUGGCCGGCGAGUAUGCGACGCGCGAGCUGGUGAAGCGAGUGGCCGACGUGGUGUGGAACUCGCUAACGCGCAGCUACUACAAGGACCGCGCACACUUGCAGUCCAUCUACAGUUUCCUCACUGGGAACAAGCUCGAUUGCUUCGGCGUAGCCUUUGCCGUCACCGCCGGGUGCCAAGUGCUGGGCAAGCGGGAUGUGCACCUUGCGCUGUCUGAAGACCAUGCAUGGGUAGUUUUUGGGAAAGAUGGGACUGAAACAGCAGAGGUGACAUGGCAUGGAAAAGGCAAUGAAGACAAAAGAGGCCGGUCCGUAGAGGAUGGAAUGCUGGCACGGUCCUGGCUGUAUGUAGCCGGCAAGCCUGUGGUAUGCACACGGCUGAUGGAGCUGGCGGCGCUGGUGUCCUCCAUCAACAUCACUCUCACCCCCACCAUUGAUGUUCAUGAAGUGGCACAAAUGCAGCACAGGCUCCUCUGGCUUCUUUAUGAAAAUGGAUGCCUAGACAUGUACCCCAUGGCGCUCGGAAACCUAGGUGACUUAGACGAGUACAUGAAGCUAUCAAACUGCUCUGACCAAUCAGAAAACACACUGCCUGAAGACACCACCAAAAGUGCCUCUCGACCAGACUCCGCUGCCUUAUACACGCAAGCCAUCCGUUCCUCAAGGACACACUAUGAAGAUCGGCAUGUGUACCCGUACACAUUCCAAGGAGGUUACUACCAUCGGCAUAAGAUGUACAAGGAAGCGUUUCAUGCUUGGGCAUGUGCUGGGGACGUCAUUCGGCAUUACAACUAUUCUCGAGAUGAUGAAGAAAUCUACAAGGAGUUUUCGGAAAUUGCUAAUGAGCUUAUACCCCAGUUAAUGAAGGUUGAAAGCUCAGGGCAUUCUGCACGGUCUAUUCUUAAAGAUCCAGAAUGCUUUGCUUCUCUUUUAAGAUUUUACGACGGAAUAUGCAAAUGGGAAGAGGGCAGCCAGACGCCCAUCCUACACAUAGGCUGGGCUAAGCCGCUGGUCAGCACCAUUUCCAAAUUCGACGCCGAAGUCCGCGCGCAGGUCCACAUCGUCUGCAGCCUCGACGACUCGGAGAAAUCUGAGUCCGAAACAAAAGAAGAAGAAAACAAAUGGAACAACAACUCGGAAAGCGGCGAACUGUCCGUACGGGAACAGCUCACGGCGGCCGUCAACAGCCGGCCGAGAGUCACCCUUCACAGCCACAAGAUGGCGGCACUACAACCCCUGCUGCUAGCGGAGAGGUUAAACACGCAUGCGCUGCAGUUGCAGCUGACGGCGCAGAGUCAGCUGCAGCGGCCGCAGGCGCCCACUAAGCGGCGGGAUGAUGAUGACGCGAAUACUAGUCGCGCUAAGCGCGCCAGGCGCGAGCGCUGAGCGACGUUGUCCAAGUAAGAUAUAGUUACGCUGCACAGUCACAAGAUGGCAGCAGCUGCACUAAAACCUUUGUUGCUAGUGGAGAGUUUGAAUGCGCAUGUACUGCAGCGGCUGCAGGCGCCCACUUCGCGGCGGGAUGAUAACGACGUGAAUACUAGUCGCGCCAAAUGCGCCAGGCGUGAAAGCUGAGCGACGUCGUCCAUGUAAGUUAUAGUUACGCUGCACAGUCACAAGAUGGCAGCACUACAACCUUCGUUGCUAGCAGAUAAACUCUUUUGGCGGU